AUGGAGACGAUGAGAGGAGCUGCACUACUGGAGAAGCAGGAACUGGUAAUGGGGUGUGGACAGGCCAAGAACCACAAUGUGUUUACGAUUACCAAUGGAGUCGUCAUGUACGCUCCCGACACCACACCUAACUAUGAUUUGGGCACUGUGGCUACUUAUGCCUGUGACCCUGGGUUUGUUCUGGACCUCUCCCUAGGGGGAUCUGAGAUGAGAAUGUGCGUGGAUGAUAAUGGACUAGAUCCUGUUGGAGUGUUUGAUAGACAGGCACCAAGAUGUGUCCCUAUUGAGUGUCCUCCUCUAGCGGGCAUUACCAAUGGAUUCAUCACCUACACUAUUGACAACACACCUAACUAUGAUCUGGGCACUGUGGCUACUUAUGUCUGUGACGCUGGGUUUGUUCUGGACCUCUCCCUAGGGAGAUCUGAGAUAAGAACUUGUAUUGAUGAUAAUGGACUUGAUACUAUUGGAGUGUUUGAUAGACAGGCUCCAAGAUGUGUCCGUAACAUUUGCCAACCUCUUUUCCCUUACUCCUAUGGUAUGAUAACAUAUCAUCAUGAAAUUCCACCUUACUCAUACGGAACACGAGCACAGUAUGUUGUCUCAUGCCCUCCCGAACUGGAGAGAAGAGGAGGAGAUGAUGAGAGGACCUGUACCACUAAUGGAAACAGUGCUGUGGGGGUGUGGUCUGGAGCUGCUCCCAUCUGUGCAGCUCGAGGGAUUUUCCUAUCAUUUCAAGGAACAACCUACACUACGAACAACAGUAAUAUUGUAUUCACUAGGAUUGAGGCUACAAAUGACACAUCCUUGACUUGUCAUACUGACUCAACCACCUGUUGUAGAGGUGUUGACAAUCACUCAUCUUCUAGGGGUAAUGGAGAGUGGCUGUUUCCUAAUGGAACAAGUAUUGUCCUGAGGAAGAGAGUCCUCCCUGAUGAUGGGUUCUAUUAUACAAGGUUUCAUCAAGCCAUCAGACUGUAUCGUAAUAAUAAUAUCCAGACUCCACUGGGAACCUACUGCUGUAGAAUACCUGACAGUGGUGGAGUGACAAGAACUAUUUGUGCUAACCUCAUUGACAACACCAUUCGAUGUCCCUCUGACUCGGUGAUGGUUCCCACUAAUGGGACGGUCUCAUACUCUAGUCCAGUGGAAGGUGGCAGUUACGUGUAUGGAACUGUGGCCACCUUUUCCUGUUUCACUGGUUUUGGCCUCAGUACUCUUGAGACUAUAACAUGCACAGGAACAAAUGAUGCUGAAAUGGAAACCUUCAAUGGCUCUAGUCCAACAUGUGAUGUGAUCACUUGCUCUGCUCUUCCUAAUAUUUUCAAUGGAACGAUUGACUACUCACCUCUCGAUACAACUGAUCAUGAGGUGUUCAAUUAUGGAACAGCAGCUACUUAUCAGUGUAACCCUGGAUAUAAUAUAACAAGUGGAGACAGAGUGAGGACUUGUACUGGUAAUGGCAGCACUCCCAGUGGUCAGUGGGAUGGUACUGCUCCUCAAUGUCCACCUGUGGACUGUAGCAUUCCUCCGUCUAUUACCAAUGGAUCUCCUGGGAUACCAACAACCACAACAUUCACAGGGACAGUGGCCUACAGCUGUAAUGAUGGCUAUGCACUCUUUGGGAGUGCUACAAGUACUUGUCAGGCAAAUGCAACCUGGAGCAGACCACCAGAAUCCAGAGGUAUCACUAUUGCUGGUAUCCAAUCUGGUGUGCCCAUCUUAAUUGGAGAUUCUGUUACCAUCACCUGCACCACUGACUCUUCUGCUGACUCAAUAACGUUGCUCCAAGAUGGUCAGGUUCUUCAUGGAACAGUGAUGCAGUCAACUACCACCUUGACGUAUACUAUCUCUUUUGUGUCUGACAGCAUCCAUGGAAAUACCUUCAAAUGUGAAGCCAAUUUCGUAGGAACUUCAGACACUGCUUUUGUUAAUGCCACUGCCACCAUUAAAAUUCCUGGACAAUCUAUCAACACUAGCAUCAGCCCUUCAAGUGAUUCAACUCCACAAGAUGGAGAGCCAUACAUUGUGACUUGCACUGUGUCUAAGUUGCCUGGACUAACUCGCACACCAACUGCCCAAUGGAUGAAGGUUGCCAUGGGGACUAAAAGGAUCGGCAUGCCCACUCCUAAUGAAACUGCUCUUAAUCUCUCUCCACUGAGAACCUCAGAUGCUGGCAGGUACCGUUGCCAGGGCAACCUCACUACUACCAUUCGCUCUCUACCACUUUUGAGCAGCAGUAAUUUCACUUUAAUUGCGCAAAUACCAGCACCAGCAGUGACAAUCUCAAGGUCUCCCUCUAGUUCAGCUUUGUUUGCUAAUCAAAGUGUGUUAACAUUUACAUGUCAAGUGUCUAUACAUACAAACAUUGAUACUACCGUCACUUUGAGCUUGACUUGGACUCGUGAGGUUUAUAGUGAUGAAGAUGAUACAACCACUGAAGUGAUCAUGGUGAAUAGUGCAACCAAAACAAUUGAGAGAAAUUGGACCUUGAAUGAUUUAACUUCAAAGGACCAGAGAGUGACUUGCAAUGGAACAAUAAACUCAGCUAGCAGUUUUAUUCAAGGCAAUAGCAUCACAAUUGAAGACAUGUUAUCUGUUGCUGGUGUGUUUCUAAUGUUCAACGACAGUAUAUUUAACGACAAUACGACCUCUGUACCAGCGAGGGAUGUACGUCUCAUACAGUGUCACUCCGACAAGUCAGAUACAUUCGAUGAAGACCAACAUGGAUGGAAGUUCCCUAAUAGCACCAAGAUUACUAACAUCAGCACACUGGCUAUUGCAACACGGGAGGGAGGACACCUGGCACUCACUCGAGUGGGGAACAGUUCCCUGCCAGCUGGAGAGUAUUGUUGCAAGGCUCAGGAUGCCAGGGGAACCAAUCACACCCUCUGUGUGCAUGUGGAGCAAGAACCAAGUUCCAGUGGCAGUGUCAUGGUUGGAGGGAUAGUUGCUGCGAUUUUAAUUUUGGUGGUUGCUCUACUGAUCAUUGGAGCAGUUAUUCUCAUUGUUGUCAGAUGUAACAUACCACCAGUGUCGCUAAAGGGUGGGGUCAGUACUGGUGAGAUACACACAUACGAGAUGAUGGAAAUGGGUCACGAAUAUGAGGAAGUGUCCAAGUUCCAACGAGCCGUCGGUGGAGAAUAUGAGAUCAUUGGAGCACCCUCACAGACAACUGGCUCCGAGAGCAAGGCUGUUAUAAAGACCGAGCCAUCACCACCCACUCCACAACCCUCACAAGCGACUGAAAAUGAUAUUGAGUUUACAGAGUGCGUUGCUUACAUCACGACCACCCACAGUCGCCCCCCACAGUCCACAAGCUUAUGAAAAAAUACCGCCGUUGAUGCUGACUGCUUACAUAUUAUAUGUGUACCUGCAUGUAACAUAGCUAAUUUGUGCAUAUAUUCGUGAAAACGCUGAUAAAGAGUGCAAGCGUUUGCUUUGCUCAUGUGUUAGCUAUAAC